AUGGCUCACACUCUUUACGAUGGAACGAUUGUGGUGGAUAAGGCCAUCCUCAGCACCCUGUCCCACAUACUCCACAAAGCGGAGGAACGUCCCAAUGCUAGCGCCCUGCUCCAGGCACGACUCAUCGAUGACAUGUACCCGUUGACCGACCAAGUUAGGGUCACCACCCAAUUCUCAGAGUUCCUCGUCGCACGGCUGACUGGCCGAGAGCCAGUGACAUUCGAAGGAAGUCCCAAGACAUUCGCAGAAUGCUACGAACGCAUUGACACCGUGCUGAAGUCGCUCAACGAGGCCGACAAGGAUGUCGUCAACCAACGCGGCGAUGUAUGUGAGCUGACGCAGCUGGGUCCAACAAGAAAGGCAGAAAUGAGCGGUGCGGCAUAUGCCCAUACCGUUGCGCUGCCGAACAUCUACUUCCAUGUUACUACCGCUUAUGGGAUCCUGCGAAAGGAGGGUGUGCCACUUGGCAAGCUGGACUUCUACACCGGCUACUUCCCCAAUUUCACCGCUGCUGCGACUCAGUAG